AUGCCAUGGGAUGAAUCUAGCGAAGACGAAAACCUUUGGAGCGAUGCUGCCACAGCCGGAACAGUUCUAUCCUUACUUCACAGAGAGCCUCUGAGCCCCCAACGAAAUACCCGUAGACCCCUUUUCGACAGUACAGCCUCCGAAAGACAGCGCUCGAGAUGUGUCCUCUGUUUCCAGGUCAUGGAUCGCCUCUCCUAUCCAAGCCCACCAUUGGCAGCAAACUGCAAUCACAGUUCGAUACCAGGGGUGCGAAUGUGCAGGGUAUGCUUGCAGCGAUGCCUUGAUAUCCAAUUCACGUCAAACGGGACAGAACCACUGUCAUGUCCUCUGUGCCGCGCUCGGCUAUCCCACGAUGAGAUUCGACAAUGGGCUAAUCCACAAACAUUUCAAGCAUACGACAAUAUGAAAACAAGAGAGGCGUUAGAAGACGACGGUGAAUUCAUAACAUGUGUCCGACCAGGCUGCGGGAACGGUCAGUUGCAUGGGGGUGGCCGUGAGAGUCCGAUUGUCGUGUGCAGAUCGUGUGGUACACGGAUGUGUUUUGUCCAUCGAGGUGCCCCAUGGCAUGAAGGAUUCUCCUGCGAAGAGUAUGACCGGCUCUUCGUAUACACAGGGUCUGAUAUAAACCAUUAUGGUCCAAUAAACUGGACGACGGAAGACUUGCGCAGUCAGCGGACGAUUUGGCAGAUUGCAAAGCCCUGUCCUCGGUGCAACGCCAUCACUGAAAGAGAAGGAGGAUGCAAAUAUAUGCGAUGUGCUCUUUGCUGGCAAGAAUGGUGUUGGGAUUGUGGUAGGUUUUGGCAGGCGGGGCAUCUCGAAAUAAACUGCUCGCUGUAUCGCACUUGA